AUCGCGGCCAUGCACUCCGAACCUUGACGGGACGGGACGACCACGGGAGCCAAAACCGCCUCCCUCAAGUGAAGACCUCAAUCGUCACUCCAUUGCCAACCAAGCUGCAACUAGUUGACGGGUAGAUGGGGUUUGUCGGUAUAUGCCGUGCUCUGGUCCCACCCCACACACCGCAUCUUUCCUCCGCCAUCAUGCUUGAAACCCACGACGGAGGAAAGCAUGGAAACCAUGCCAGUAGGUACGGUACGGUACAUCUCCAUACAGUCCGGAGGGGAGAUAACAUCAGCCUGGCAUACCGAGCCUUACCCCCGGUGUCGUUACUUGCGCCGCAGCAAGUUUUGGCCGGGCAAACGAUGGCAGCAGAUUGGAAUGAGGGCGUUGAUUGGGUUGGGGGUUUGACAGCAUUCCAUGUCCAAGGUAAAGUCUUCACGGAGCAGCUGAAGGCGAGCUAAAAGAUGCCACCCACAUUCCCAGAUCCGCGGCAUUCCAAAUCAUGGAUAGCUGAGCGAGCUCGAGGAAUGACCGAUAACGAG